AGCGGCAGUCCCUUCUGGUGCGUGCGUAGGAGAACGUCUCUUUUUCGACCGGUCACAAGAGAGAGAGAGAGAGAGAAAAAGAGAGAGGGAGUGUGUAAAUCUGACGUUUCGUUAUCAUUCUUCGAAUUGUCUUCGAUGUCUUCGGGUUCCGAUAUACUUUGAUCAUCGUGCCGUCGCGCGUGAUCGUUGAUAUUUAUUGGAUAUGUUCAUCGCAUCGCGUGUUUUCUUUCGCCGGUAGUGUUAGGAGUGCGAUAUAAACAGUGCGUUUUUCGAAUCGUUUUCAAGUGUAUCGGUUGUGUCGCGUGCUUUUCGAUAAUCUGUUCUCAAAGAUUCGACGACAAUGGUUUGAAAAAUUGUUCCGCUCGAGAUUUGAUGAAAAGAAGAAUCGAAAAAGAUAGAGGAGGACAGAAACGGACUAUUUAACACGCUCCUAAUAAUAGCCAGUGCGCGUUCGUACGCGAGUAUACUAAGCGCCUAUAAAUACACACCUACCACGGCCCGCGGAAACACGAGCCCGUGGAUUUCACGGUGCAACCUGCCACGAAGAGAUAGAAAAGACGCGAAGUCGAAGGGAAAAGAGGGAGGAUAAUCUUGAAGGAGGGCGCACCUGGCGCUCUAAGAGAAACUUGCCAUAAUCGGAUCUAGUCGGAGGCAGUAACGCAAGAUAAUCGCGCAACACACGCGAGAUGAGGAAACUAUAGAAAAAGAUAAACGUGCCAGAGAAAGAGAAAGAGAGAGAGAGACAGUGAAUCGACCCACUGGCUGUGCUGGUUACAUAUCAGCCUCUGAAAGCAGAUUAGAGAAUAACCUGCAGCUGGAGUGUGAGAUUUUAUUAUUCCACGGAGUGUAUCCUUUCUUUUACUCUCGUAACACGAGAAACGUCUCGUUGGAAUUCGUCGGCAGCCGAGCUUGCAGCAAGUCUACCAGCAGUAGACUAAAAAUAUCCCCUUCCUGCAUAUUCUGACGCGUUUAUACCGUCACAAGUGUGGCGCGUUCUUCCUUUGUGUUGCUGUUAUAAACUCUUCAACCCUCUGCUUUCUCUCUGUGCUCAAAAGUACAUACACGACCACUUUACUUCACUGACUACGCGUCAGUUUCGUCCGAUCGAAAGAGAAAAUCUUUAUAACGAUAUAUAGUUUUUCCAAUUAUACAUCUAAAGCGAACAACGUUUUCGUUCGUUGACUACGGUGAAAACGCACCGAGAGAAGGAUGCCUCGCAGAAAAUUGUACGUGAAAGAGCAUCGUGGAUGACUAUCGAAAGGUAUGAAGAUCGUUGAUAAGUUCAUUACCGCCGGUGGCUCGUACGCAGCUGAAUAUCCGCCGUCGGAACGAUUCUUGAAAGAAUCGAGCCUCGUCCGUCGGCUAAACGACCAGUGGGCCGCGGAUUUUUCACAACAAGUGUUUAACAAACAAUAUAAUUCUAUCGCGUGGUAAAGAAAACGAGAGAAGAAUAAGAAAAUAGUGAGUGAAACGAAGUGCACGGAAGAAAAGUGGUCCACGGUGGAGGGUGGAGGGAACGGUGUACAGGGGGUCGCCGUGGGCCCCGGAGAUGAUGCGAUGAUGGCCUACGGAGGAACCACCGGAAACGGAGGUGCAAUGGGACCUUCUUCUGGUGGUACAGAUGUUUUGGGCUCGACCGGUGAUUACAGCCCACAAGGGACACCGACACCGCUCACGGGACAUAGUGCCGGACCCGUCGAAGCAACUACCUACGGUCCUGGAACGGGACCAGCGAGUUAUAGCCCCCAAGACAGUCCUGCCAGCUCUGCCGGCGGUGGUAGCGGUAGCAAUGGACAACUUUCCAGCUUCGGAUUUACGCAGGAACAAGUCGCCUGCGUUUGUGAGACGAUGGUGUCGUCUGUCCAGGUUCUCCAACAGGCAGGCUCUGUGGAGAGGCUUGGCAGGUUCCUGUGGUCCCUGCCAGCGUGCACUAGGUUGCACCGUCACGAGAGUGUGCUGAAAGCUAAGGCGAUUGUCGCCUUCCAUCGGGGCCAUUUCAAGGAACUGUACAGGAUUCUUGAGAGUCAUACAUUCAGUCCGCACAAUCAUCAGAAACUGCAAGCUCUCUGGCUCAAGGCUCAUUACAUAGAGGCCGAGAGAUUGAGAGGAAGGCCUCUGGGUGCAGUUGGAAAAUAUCGCGUUCGGCGUAAAUUUCCUCUGCCCCGCACUAUUUGGGACGGCGAGGAGACAUCUUACUGCUUCAAGGAGAAAUCAAGAAGCGUUCUGAGGGAUUGGUACGCUACUAAUCCUUAUCCUUCGCCUCGUGAAAAGCGAGAAUUGGCAGAAAGCACGGGACUCACUACUACGCAAGUCAGCAACUGGUUCAAGAACCGGAGACAAAGGGAUCGUGCAGCUGAACAUAGCGGGCAACGGGAGGACAAGACUCACGGCGGAGGGUUAGGCGACUCGAGCAGCGAAAGUGGGGACGACACGAAGAGACAAGCGGUGGGCCAGCAGCAGCAGCAGCAGCAGCAGCCGUCCUCGUGCGCUGUCCAGCAACAGCAGCAACAGCAACAGAUGGUGGAUCACCAGCAGACAUCGGGCAUGUAUCAACUUCCUCCACCCGUCUCGGUGUCCAGCCCUCACUCGUACCACCAAGGCCACGGCUCGACCUUGAGCCAUCCUCACACGCCGACGCACCACAUGCAGCACCACGACACCGGAAGCGAGAGCGGCGACGACAAACGGAACCUUCAUCACCAGUUGCAACACCAUCUCCAGGUCGGUGCUCACGGUACUCACGGGUUGGUACAUCCCACGGCGACCUUGCCACCACCGCCACCCAGCUGCGCCCAGCAGAAGAGCCAGUUGGACUAUAUGCAAUACUAUGGUCCACAGGAUUACCUAAUCACACCGACCUCGGCGGAUCUGCAAAAGUCUCUCCCUCACACAGCCACGUCGAUGCAGAUGGGUGCUAUAGCUCCUUCCAUGGGCGGGCUGAGCCCGAUGGGUCCCUCGACGAUGCUCCCGAACACUAUGCAAAGCGUGAACACGAUGAACACUAUGUCGAUGAACGGGAUCGGAAUGGGCGCGUACCAGGGAAUGGGUUCCAUGGGGAUGUCCACGUCGCACGGUAGCUUUCACAACGGGUUGGUGUUGGGCGAUUAUCACUCGUUGUGACCCUGGGCUCCGAGCGGUCAGAGCAAGAGGAAUCAGGAAAAAACUUAAGGAAAGGGGGAAAGAAGAAUACGCGGAAGAAGGAAGAAGCUCUUUUUUCUCUCUCUCUCUUAUUACGCCUGAGUGAGAAUAAGAGAGAGAGAGAGAGAGAGGAACCGUGUUAUUUUCCGAGACGUACAUUCGCUGCUUGUUACUCGAAGAGUCUGCAAAAGUGUUUUAGUAAAAAUUAGGGAGAACGUUUUUUCCUCGCUUUCUUGUGAUCGUAUACUAUUAAUACUCGGUCGAAAAACGUUCUCUCGACAACGAACUCUUCCGUACUCUCGAGGAUCGUAAUAUUAGAUUAUUAUCGGGCAACGUCAGUUACGAUUUUUCGUGGCGUCGAACGGAGAUUGGAAGUUGGUGUGAAAUCGUGUAUCGCGGAAGCAUCUCGAGUAUGUAAUAUAUAAACGCCUCUUCUUCGAAAUCCUCCCCGAAAUUUUCUCCUGGAAGGGAGGACGUUCGGAUGAAGAGAAGUUUGGGAGAUUUUUAAAGGAACCGAAGCGAUUGCCACAUCAUGCCUCGACUUUUUAAUCAACGCUCCACAGACUUCAACCACAUCGUUUUGAAGAGAGAAGAAAAGGGAAAGUUCACUCGUACAUAUACACAAACACACACAUACAAGUAUACAUAACCAGCCACGAAUAUUGUCCUUCUAAUUUUUGUUAGAAAGGAACGAUGCAUAUAGUAUAUAUAUAUAAUAUUACGAAUAAUAGAAAAAAGGAGGAAAAUCGAGGCAGCAGGGGAACGCUUCCGGCGUGAAAAUAGCAAAAGACAUAUUAGCAUUUUCUUUUUCCUUAAUUGUCGCAAUCGCGACUCGACGCAACAGAGACACAAAGUUCUUGUUAUACACUUUUUAGAUACACGUAUAUUAUUCUCCUUUUUUUUUUUCUUUUUCGCGAAUCGCAACAACCAUCACAAUCCUCUUAUUAUACCCAUUCUAAUCUCGUAGCGAGAACCGCCCGUACCCAGGUCCUGAGAUGUAAGAGAAACACACGUUAUUUACGGUUACCAGUAGUGUCCGGCUUAGGUGGUACAAGCCUCGGAAUCUUCCUGGAUCUUGACGAAGACGCCGUGCGUCUUAUUAAUCUUCAAUUCUUAAUCUUAAUUUAAUUUCGUGAUUGGAUGAAUGGUGUUUCGUAUUCGAAGGUAUUUUCUCUUUUCCAUUUUAUUAAACGAAUAUUUAAAUCUAUAUUUCAAUGAUAGAAAAAAUUGAAUGUUUAAUAAUAUUAGAAAUAUUUUGUUGCAGAAAAUUGAACUUGAAACUUAAAUCUUUGAUAAAACACUGCCAAUGAAACCUGUAUGUAUCCUCGUUCGAAUUUCCAAUUUUAUCCCUAUAUAAAAUAUAAACUCCUCCGCAAAAAGGAAAGGGAAAAGUAACUCAAAAUAUAUUGCACAACGUUAAUUAUUUGUUUCGUUAGCAAAUCGAGAGGAAAGAAAAUCGAAUUACACCCUUCUCUGCAGAAGGAGAUGUUGUUUCAAAGAUUCAACAUCACCGUGCGGAUCCAAGAUCCUCAAGGAUGAUCCCUGAGGCGUGUACGGAUAUCUCGGCCACCCGCUAAUUAAUUAACGUCGCUAUAACGAACCACACACACGCUCUUCACCACACCGAUCCUCUCACACCGUACGCUUCUGUGUUUGUCCUGUCUGUACAUAUGUAGAUAAUAUAUACACACACACUUUACAUCUUUACUUACACACACACGAAAGUUUACGCGUAAACUUACACAUUACACGCACACACAAUUAUCAUACAUUACACACACGCAUUCGAGAGAAGAUUAAGUUAAUCUCGCCUAUGCCAGGCGAGUACCGGGUGUUUUUCGCGAAUCAGGCUCGAAGUCACGAUUCAAUAUCACCCUUCCUCUGAUUAUUCGAGAAACCUGUCUUUAUUUACGGCUCGUGUCGAACGUCUCGUUUCUAUCUAUCGUUUCGUGUACAACGGUGUUCAAUUCAGUCUCAGUACGUGUCAUCCGCUGUUGUGGAGAAUAAGGGAGCAUAAACGUUGGUCUCGAGCAAAAAGGUAUCUCUUCAUUAAGCCGGUGAAAAAUGAUUAUUUUAAUUGGUACCACGCGUGUCACGGCUGUUUAUAGACACGGCUAGAUGCGUGUGCACUUACGCGGUGCACAAAUCGAAACGGUAUGCAAAUUAGCGUGACGAAGGCGAGCGGUAGGCGGAGCAGCUGUUUCCUGCCAGCCAAUUGCCGAGUGCCAAUCUUUUCAUCGCAAAUAGAAUCAGCAACACCUUUUCACAACGCCGCUUCCCCCCUCUCUCCCUUCUCGCAUCCCUCCCUCCCUCCCUCCUCCCCUCCGCUCGCGCCGUUAUGAAUCGUAUCGUUGACGGAUAUUGGUACAAUAUUUCUCUGGAUAACGACGAUUGGAUGCUGUUUAAUUGGGGGUACGGUUAAAUCGGUCGAAUAUCUGCUAGAAAAUGUUUUUCGAGUCAAUUAUUUCCGGUGAGGAUUGGAUUGUCUAGGACGUGUCAGUUCCCGUCCCCUCCUCUCCUGAAAUUAUUUUGCAUGUGAAAAUAAGUUGCGUCUCACCUCGCGUGCCGAUGAAUCGUAUCGUUGACGGAUUAUUAGGAGGAUUAUUUCGGGGAACUCGAGCACUUUAAUUAGAAUAAUUCUUAUAUCGCUCGAUAUCGGUAGAAUGUUUGCAACAAAGUUUCAAUUUUUUUUUUUAAAAAUUAUUGAAAUAUUUCCGGUGAGUUCUUUAUCAGGGUUAGAAUAUUUAUUUUAUAUAAAUCGCGAAUUAUUAUUAUUUGAGAGAUACGGAGGAAAUAUGUAAUGGGUGAUGUAGAAGAGAACUGAGUGAUUAAAAUUGCGGAUGAGGUUCAAUUCUUUAGUUUGGGAAUUCUUUUUUAUUUUUCUAAAAAAUUUCCAAUUUUAAAUUUUAACUAUUGAUUUUAAAUACAUAGGGAUAUUUAUUCAUUUUAUAUAUUCUGGAAGCAAAUCUUUGCAUCUUAUAUAUUUAUUUUACAACCAAAGAAAAUCAUAUUUUCAAAACUAUAUAUAUAUCAUAUUCGAUAUAAUCCAAGUUAUUUCAAUUAAAAUAAACUCUUGAACAAUCGUUGUACACGAAACCAACCUAACAUAUAUAUAUAUACAUAAUCGAGAAACGAGAAAACUAAGAGCCUUCAGGUUUUCGCUUUUUCCUUUAAAAAGAAACACCCGGUAUAAGAUAAAAAAAAAAAAAACACUGUCGUAGCGUAAGUUAGGCCGUAACUUAUCAUUUAUUCGCAGUUCGCAGUCUGUACAUAGAGAGAAAAAAGAAGAGCGAAAACUUCGAGCGCGAGAAACAAAAGUAGAGAGAGAGAGAGAGAGAGAGAGAAUGAGAAUGUGAACGUGAUAGAAGAGGAUAAGGGAAUGAUUGCGACACGAGUGAAAGAUGCUUGGCAAAAGAAUUGAAGAAUAGCGUGUAGCCGAAACGGAAGAAAUGAAGCGAGAAUGAGUUGUUGUAAUCGUGGAAGUGACAAAGUUUAUACACACACACACACGCAUACAUAUACACUCUACGUGGGGAAGAAGAGAAUGAGAAAUAAAAAAGCGAGAGUUUUAUCGGUUCUCUAUUUAAGGGACAUCUCUCGCGCAGAUGUUGGGAAUGCGCUAUCUAUCCCGUUGGCUGCAACAUUGCCUUGUAAGAUUCUUAUCUAGGAUGAUGAUCAGAGGGAAAGGAUUUUUCCCCUUUCAGAAAAGAAGUCGUCGGGACGAAACAGGGUAAGAGAAACAGUGGAGAGAGAGAAAGAGAGAUAGAGGGAAGACUUUGAACGAGGGAAAGAAAAAGAGGAGGCGCUUUCAAGUAUUAUUGGUAAUCGUUUGCUUCUUUUUUUUUUUUUUUUUAAUCGAUACUUUAAAUAUUUGUUCAAACUUGUCCAGAUUUACCGAUAAUCAUCGAUUAACGCUACCAAAUAUUCGCGCCACCCGAUAUAUACGAGAACAUCGCGACUGGUAGACAAUCUAAAUUCUCCUUUUCUUAAUUUUAUUUUUAUUUUUUUUUAAUCAAAUCCGUAUCAUUAAUGAUAUUACUUUUAUUUUCCGUUGAAUUUCUGUCAAUUAUUGUACAAUUAGAAAUUCGAUAUUUUAAUAAUGCUUGCUAAAUUUUUACUUUUUUUAAUUUUAAUAAUUAUUGUACCCCAGAAUUAUAUUUAGAAGUUUUAAUCGUGUUCCAUACAUACGUUUUUAUUUUUAUUUUACGAAUCCAAAAAUUCUUAUUAAAGAAAGAUAUAAACUUGUAUAGAUGAUCAAGAUGACCAAGGAACGAUUCAAUUUAAUUUUCGCACAAAAUGUGAACGGCAACAGAAUGGGAAAUGAAUAUCAGAACGCAAGCCUGUCGCUCUGUUCCUCGACAUUAUAUAUCGACAUCCGUUCUCCUUUCGAGAUUUCUAUAGUCAGCCGACGAGCCGAACCGUGUUUUUCGAUUCACGCACAAUCUACGCUUUGUACGUAUAUACACACGCGCGUAUACUCAUCGUCAUUCGGGGUGCACUCGCGAUGCAUUCCGAAAAUGCACACAAGCGCGGAUUCAACCGAAAGAUUUCUUCUCUCUUUUUUUUUUUCUUUUCUUUUUUUUUUAUCUUCCGGGGAAACCGUUUCCGUUCGAGGGAGGAGAACGGUUUUGUUUGAAAACGCUGUGAACGAACAAGCUUUUUUAUAUUCGAUCGAUCGUGGCUUUUUUAUUACAAAUUUCGAUCAGAUUUUCAAUCGAUAUAUAUAUAUAUGUAUUUUACUUUCGAGGAUUUAUUUUUAUUAUAUUUUAUUAUUAUUAUUCGAUUAUGUAAUAUUUUUUAUUACAAGAGACACUUUUCAUUUUGCACGAAUCAUGAAAUUUUUGGAGAGAAAGUAAGGAAUGAUUUUUUUUUUUUUCUUGUUUUUGAUCUUUCUCAAUUUUAUUUUGGUUCAAUUAAUUUAUUUUAAAAAAUAUAUUAUACAGCGGUUAAAAAUAUUUGCACGUAGCUAUUUUUUUUAGAUUUCAUUUUCGUGUCGUCAAAUUUUUAUUGAAAGAGUUAUUAAAUAAAUGUAUAUUUGGAUUUAUUUAUGAUUAACGUAGAAUGAAUAUAAUGAAUCGGUGUGCAGAUAUUUUUUGUAACCACUGUACAUGCGCAUCGUAAACUCGAAACUCGUAUGAUCGUUCAAUUUAUCACGUUCGUUUCGACGUUCACAGAGUUGGCUCUUUUAACUUUUAGAGACGUUUUGUCACUUUACCGGGCCAAGGCUGCCGAUGAAUCUCCCGCGGAUAUAAUUAGAUAAGAAUCGCUUGUCGCGUGGAUCAUCUGCUCCCAGAACGAUGGGAGCAUCAUCUUGGCCUUUAAACGAAAAGGAAAAUCUCUUAAAAUCAUUAAAUAUAACGAUUAUUAAAUUCGAUCUGAAGAAAAGAAAGGAACAAAAGCGCCACAAACAAAUUAAAAUCCCAAAAAUCCGAUUAGAUUCAAUUUUAGAGAUGAUCGCGUUAAAACUUGCCAAACACUUUGAAAAAGUUAUAUUUAUAUAACAAUAUCAUCGAAUAAUGUAUAAAUUUCAAGUUUAUAUUUCAAAGUUUUCUUCCUCUGAUUUGUAUCGGUCGCUUGGACCGAAUCUCUAGCACAAAUCUAAAUAGAUCCAAUAAUUUACUAAAGGGUAACUGUAGCGUUAACAGGAAGAAGAAGAAAAAGAAGAACAGAAGGAGGAGGAGGAGGAGGAGGAAUACACGCGUAGAAGAGAUAUUGUACCGGUUUUUCGAUAAAAUGUUUUAUGACGCAAGGACGAUUAUUAAUAACCGACAGUUCUUCCCAGAAGUUCUCAUUCGUGUAUUUUAGCGGACAAGUUUAACGUUGCACAACUAACUAAGACAAAUUGCUAAGAAUGCGAGUAUGUGCGAGCGAGAGAGAGAGAGAAAGAGAGAGAUGGAUGAGAAAAUCUAAAAAAAAAAGAAAUGUGAGAAAAAAUAUUGUAAAGAAUGAAAGAGAGAAAGGGAGAGAAUGAUUCUGUGUAGGGAUAACGUGUGAAUGAGGAUGAAACGAGGAAAGGUACGAAUAGAUUAAGCAAAAAGAGAUCACACGAUGUACGAUCGAACUGUAAUCGCGAAGUUGAUGUUAUUUAAAAUAAAAAA